AUGCGUGACAUCACAGACAACCUCAUCGCUAUGGGGUUCCCAGCGCAGAACCUCGAAGGAGUCUACCGCAACCACAUUGACGAUGUGUACAAGUUCCUUGAGGAGAAACAUAAGGAUUAUUACAUGAUCUACAACCUGUGUUCGGAGCGGAGUUACGAUGGAAAGAAAUUCCACGAGCGCGUCCGCAACUACCCCUUCGAUGACCACAACCCGCCCGCCCUGGAGGCCAUCAAGCCGCUCUGCGAUGACAUCGACCACUGGCUCAAAGCCGACCGCAGACAUGUCGCUGUCGUCCACUGCAAGGCUGGCAAGGGUCGGACUGGUGUCAUGAUCUGCUGCUACUUGUUGCACGCUCGUGUCAUCACCGACGCUUCAGUCGCCCUCGAGUUCUACGGCGUCCAGAGAACCAAGAACAGAAAAGGUGUGACCAUCCCGAGCCAGCGUCGCUACGUGGGCUACUACGCUAAGCUCCUACAGCCUGACUUUGUGUACAGACCUCCGCUGCUACAGCUCAAAGAGGCUGUCAUCCACCAUCCCAACCUCAACCUCAACUCCAGUAAGAGUAAGCCAUCAUCCACCAUCCCAACCUCAACCUCAACUCCAGUAAGAGUAAGCCAUCAUCCACCACCCCCACCUCAACUCCAGUAAGAGUAAGCCAUCAUCCACCACCCCAAC